GAACAAGAAUUCAAGAUGGCAGCCUUCACCUGAAGCCCUCGCGUUUAUCCAUUGCCGACUUAUUUGCUUAUAUAUUUUUUUAUAAUAGAAAUAUCAGAAAGUCUUCCCAUUGGCAUAGACAAGAAUCUAGAAAAAAAUAUGACGCGAGCCGUAAACUUCUACUAGUUAUUACUAGUACUAGUAGUAGUAGUAGUAAACUAAAGUGGGACUCCCGCGAAGUACUUGUGUAUGCAGAGGAGUACUUGUGACUUGUGUUGUGUGUUGCAGAGGAGCAUUUGAACGGGUUUUGCAGGAAAUUAUUUUUUCCGAAGUGGAUCGCAGGACGCUAGAAGAACCUGAGAACAGAAUAUGCGUUGUAUAUAUUGUUCUUAGGGGGCGCAGCAAUCCCUAAACCGAGAUGGUAGAGAGUUCCCGAGAGAACAAUCUGAGAACAUCACCAUAAGGACGCAAUUUUGUGAGGCUGUAUUAAUUGGCACUAGGAACAACUCAAGAUGUCAGGAAGACCACCAUUUGUGUACCAGAAUUCUGUAGAUUUUGUUAUUGACGCUUUGAAGAGCAGUAAAGAUGAUGUGUGGCUGCUGUCCCACUCCAGUAUGGAAGGACUGGCCCAGAGCAUCAUGGAACACUGCAGUGCUGUAGGCUUUGAGAUGAAAAAUUCUACCAGGGGUGUGGUUUGGAAAAGGAUUGUCCACUGGGAGCAUUUCCAAGAUGGCUUUCCCAACAUAUUCAUAGACGAAGUCAAGGAAAUGGCAGGGAAAGAUGUCAUUUUCCUAGCGACGUUCCACUCACCACAGAUCAUAUUUGAGCAGUUGUCUGUACUCUAUGCUAUACCGAGAUACUUGGCCAGGUCAUUCCACGUGAUUCUGCCGUAUUUUGCCACUGGUACGAUGGAGAGAAUUGACACAGAAGGCCAGAUUGCCACGGCUAAGACGGGAACUUUCCUGUUACUAAUAAGUGGCUAUUGGUCUCGUCGUUCCGACGGCUGUGCGAACGACAGACUGUUGUCGGCGAUCCCACUGCUCAAGCAAGUGAUCGACAAGACUGGUCGCGCCGACGUCACCAUGGCGUUCCCUGACGAUGGCGCUUACAAGCGUUUUGCCUCGUCUUUCCCCAACACCACGAUGAUUACGUGUAACAAGACACGCAAGGGUGACAAGCGAGUCAUCAAGCUGCGGGGCGGUGACCCGAUGGGCAAGGAUAUUAUCAUUGUUGAUGAUCUCGUCCAAACAGGUGGAACGCUCAUCGAGUGUGCCAAGGCACUGAAGCAAGGCGGCGCAAAGUCAAUCAGUGCCUACGUGACUCAUGCCGUGUUCCCGAACAACUCUCACAUGAAGUUCGUAGACGGCGAAGUAAAGUUCGAGAACUUCUUCAUCACCGACUCACUGCCACAUGCUUACGACAUCGCCAAGCUGCCGCCGUUCAAGCUGCUCUCUCUAGCCGGCGUCAUCGCUGACGUCCUCUGGGGUUACGACCUGAUGCAGUAUUAGUGAUAGUGGCGCCACCUGUUGUCAAAGAAAUGUGUUAAUAUUCAUGUGUAUUUCAACUGCAGUCAGGAAAUCGACCAGUAAUAUAUUGUGUUGUGCUUACAUCAGAGCAGCUGUUACAAAGUCUGUUUGACAACUAUUGUGCAGGUCAUUUUAAUGUUGGUCUAGCUUUGCGUUCAAGAGCCACACAUUUAUUUGUGAAAUAUAAUCGCCUAGUGAAAUCAUCUGUGAGUAAUGUGGAAUCUCGUACGAUAUUUCAAAGGACGUUGGGUGAAAAUAUUACAUUGUUGUAAAUCUUGCAUGUUGGAAUACGUGAAAUAUGCAUUUAACCGCCAUAAUUCUAGACAAGUUGCAUAUCAUGAAGUCCUUUGUGCACCAGGUUAAAAAUGAUGUAAUAUUUAAAAACUAAAUUAGUGACAUUUGUUAAACUAAAAUGCAUGAGUUUUCCUGCCGGGCAGUGCCUGGUGCUUAUGUGUUAUUGGGCUACGGCUGCAUGCACCCCCUAAAUGGUGGGACGCGAAACCCAGAUCUUUCAACCCUAAGUCAAGUGUGCUAUCCACCUGAUCACAAUUGCUUCUAAGGUCUCAGUGUGAUUAUAGACCCAUAUAAUGGCUCACGUGGGAAAUGUCAUGCAUAGCUCAAAAUAGUCUUGUAAAAACAAUGGUAAAAUCUAUACUGUGAAUAUGUGUUUGUGGAAUUUUUCGUGGCUUAUAUUAUAUUAUAUAAGUCCAUCCCUUUUCGAGACAGUAUGACAUGUAUGAGAUUACUUCAGUUUAAAGAUUUAUAUUAACAGGUAAAUAAAAGAAUAAAACCAUUCCUGGUAGCCUUUUAUGGCAUAGCAGUAAGUAUGUAGUGAUCUAACAUUUUUUGUUUUUUUCUGCACUAAUUGGCAGGUGCCAGGGGAGAUGUAAUAGUUUCACCUGUAAAUUUAGUUAUUACUAAAUGUUAUUGUGGCAUUACUAUUCUCAAAUAUAGAGCAACAUGAGAGAUGCACGUCUUUAUUUACGUGAAGCUAUUCGCACAGUUGCAGCGAGUGGUUUUUUUGCAAUGACUGGGGCAGUAAUAUAUAUGCUUUUCAUAUUACACUGUUGAGUAUAACUGUAUAGAUACAUUUAUAGAUGUUUUUAGCUUUAAUUCUCCAUGUAAAAUUAGGUGCACACUGCACAGGGUAGAUUUGUACCUUGUAUUAUGACUAUUGUGCUACGAGGAAUUGAAAUGUUUGUAGGGUGUAUAUAUUUACUAAAACUGGAAUAUCAAUUUCUUAUUAAAAUGGAUGUUUUCAUAAAAUGA